AUGGAUACAGUGGAUAAUAUCAUAGAAGUUACAUUAUGUAUGAAAAGGCAGAGGAUUCCGAGAGAGAUGCGCCGAAACAGCCACUCUGACUCACAGGGCCUGCAAUUACAGGCAGCAAUCUCUGCCCGGACAGCGGAGGACCUAGCCGAUUGGCUGCAGAGGAUUCUGGACCUUACAAUAACGACCGAAACCUUUAUGGAGGCCCUCGACAAUGGUGCUGCCCUCUGCCGGCUGGCACACCUUAUCCAAUUAAAGGCUGAAGCCGCAUACAAAGAAGGGAAGUACACAGAGCCCAUACCAAGACUAAAGUUCCGCUACAGAGAAAGCGCCAAAUCUGGGACCUGGUUCGCCAGAGACAAUGCUGCCACGUUUCUACGUUGGUGCCGUGAUUUUGGUAUUAACGAGGGCUGCAUGUUUGAAUCGGAGGAUCUCGUGUGCCACAGACAAGAAAAACCAGUGGUUGUGUGUUUACUGGAACUGGCAAGAAUUGGCUACAAGUUUGGGUUGGAAUCACCAAGUAUUAUCAAAAUCGAAAAAGAAAUUGAGCGAGAAGAGAGCGAAUUGGCAUCUCAGAUAAACGAUGAGGAGAUUCGCAAUCUCAGUGAUCUGGCGAACCUUUCAUUACCCAUGGAAUCUGUGGCUACGCAGGUGAGCAGGACAGCUUCAUUGGACACAAAUGUCGAAGAGGCAAGUCAGAACGAGGCGAGUCAAAUCGAUGCCUCCGAGAACGAAGCGAGCAGUCGUAAAGCGACAGCUGAUGGGGAGGAAGCAGAUGACGAAGGAUUAGAAUGGUGGUACGACCUGGCAGAAAUAGUUGAGAGUACUGGACGGCCUCCAAAUGCUCGACGGGUUUUGGAGUACCCGAUGGUCGGGUACUCGAUAGCCAGAAUGCUCAAUGACCAGUGCUCGAUGGUCAGCGUGCUCGAUGGCCAAAUUACUCAAUGGCCAGAAUCCUCAAUGACCAAAGUGUUCAAUGGCCAGAGUGCUCGUUCAUCAGGGUGUUCGAAUAUCAGAGUCCUCGAUGACAAGAGUGCACGGUGGCCAGGAUACUCGAUACUUUUGCAGCUGCUUAAAGAAAAACAUUUGAUGGUGCGUGUUGGCGGCGGUUGGGACACCUUAGAACAUUACCUGAGUCAUCACAAUCCGACCAAAAUCAUCGAAUUUAAACGAACUGAUCAACCAAAAGCUUCAUCAACCAGCCCACGUCAUGACCCUGACACAGGGGAGACAGCGUUAACGUCUGCUAUCUCAUCAGACGAUAAAUAUUUAUUGAUAUUAGGCAAAUACAAAAAGAACUAAACACUAAAUUAUUACAUUUUUUUUUCAAAGAAAA